UUGGUGUGAGAGUGCGUACCUUCAUCGUUCUCGUUUUUACAAACAUCGUUAUAUCAUUCUACACGCCUCCCGAACGAGAUACUCUCGAAACAUGUCAAACGACACUGAAGUCGAAGACAGUCUAACCCCCAUCGACGCACCGACCAUCCCGGCGUCCCCACCGCCGACCCGCACCGAGCGCCUCCGAGUCCUCCUCACCAUUCUCCCCCUCGUCGCCUCGACAACUCUAAAACACCUGACGAUAGGUCCACCCUACCCCACCUGGCCGCUCAAACUCCACCUCAUCCAACAGCUCGUCCGAAAUGCAACAGAAAUCUCGAUGAAAAAAGCAGCAAAAGGGCAUGACCCCCAGUCCCCACUCUCAAAGGAAACUCUUGUACGCCGCGCCGUUGCAAGCCGAACACGCGGCGAAACCCUCUUGACGCAAAUGAAAUUGGAUCCUAAACGCGUUGAUAUCCGUCCGUGGAGUCUUGAUCGCACCAUUGUGGACCGUUCUGUAUGGACUACUCGGACUGAAUUAGAUGGAUGUCUUUCUUGGGAGGGGGUUUUGGAGGGGGAGUGGGUUCAGUGGAUUGGAUCUGGUGCUAGAGAUUCUGGAGGAGUGGUCUUGUAUUUGCAUGGUGGUGCUUAUUAUAUGUUGAGUCCUCGGACGCAUCGUAUGACCACUAGUCGGAUUUCGAGGGUGACGGGGUGUCGUGUUCUUGCUAUUGAUUACCGUCUUGCGCCGGAAUAUGCGUACCCGGCUGCCCUCCACGACGCUGUAAUGGCCUACCACCAUCUCACGCAUGACCUCCAUAUCCCUCCAUCCAAGAUUCUAGUAAUGGGCGACUCGGCAGGCGGAGGUCUGACCAUGUCGUUGCUAGUCUGGUUAAAACAGUUUGGUGCCAAGGAAAGUCUUCCCGGUGGUGCGGCCAUGUUUUCACCUUGGCUUGAUUUGUCUAACACAUCCGGUCCGAGUUGGACGGAUGCCAAAUUCGAUUAUUUACCCCCUCAAACGACCGUUCCUCCCACAGACCCGUACAACCCCGCCAUCAUGUAUGCAGGCGGUCGAGAUCUUUACGAUCCCAUCAUGAGCCCCCUAUGGGCUGACCCAGAGAUUUUACAGGGUUUACCUCCGAUACUCAUUCAAUCUGGCUCUAUUGAAUGCCUAGCCUCAGAUUCCAUUGCCCUAUCCCGCAUCCUCCCUCCCCGAAACGCAACCAUCCAACUCUACACAGGCAUGCCACACGUUUUUGUCGCGUUCCCCUUUUUGAACGAGACGCGGGCGGCGUAUUCGGAGCUAGACCGGUUUGUUGCGGAUGUUUUGAGUGGGAGGUUUGUGGGGCGGGGACUGGUUUGGGUGGGGAGAAAGGGACCGUGGGAGGAGCGUAUUGAAUUGUCGAGUGGUAUCAAGGCGAAACUUUAGGCGUAUCUCUUUCUGUUUUGUUGUGUGUUUGGGCGUAUUGUGGCCUCUUAUGUCCUUACCUGAUAAACAUUGUCAUGUAACCUGUCUACUAGGCUCUAGUAUUUGUUUUCUACAUGAAAUGCUUUCUUGUUGCGAAUAACAUGUUGUCAUCAAAAACCCACAAAAAU